UUUCCAUCACCGUUACCGCCUCCGCUAUUACUUAUUAACACCACCAUCACCGUCGCCAUCAUCAAGAAAUCUGUCAAAGCAAAUUAUUCACUUAACAGGUGUAGACAAUUGUUGAAGCUUACUUCACUAUAAAGCGCAGUAGUGGGAGGUGAAUAAAAAAAGAAAAGAAAAGAAGAAGGUAGACAGAGAAUCCCUACAAACUUUCAAGAAAUAUCAUAUACAACUAGGAAAACUAAUCAGAAACAGAAAACAUAAGUACAAACUAUACUGAGAGAUAUUUGGACAAAAAUCAAUAAUUGCACGAUUUGUGGAGAGUAGAAACAGUUUCUCUAUGUGCACGGUAUGAAACCAUUGUACCAAUUCUUUACGCUAUUGAAAAAGCACAUUUUGCUCAGAAGACGUCAACCAUCUUUGCUGCUACUUGAAAUACUAUGGCCAAUUUUUGUUUUUACCAUUGUGGCUAUAAUCCGAUCUGGCAUACCACCAUUCAAAGUGGGAAAAUGCCAUUAUCCCACACGUGCUAUGCCCAGUGCAGGCAUGGUACCAUUCAUACAAAAUUUCGCUUGCAAUCUUAACAAUCAAUGUGAAACCAAAGAUAUUUUUAAGGAGGCUCAUAUUGCAGAAGACAGGUUAGAGAAAAUGGCUCAAAAACUGGCACCUAUAUUCACAGCUAAGCAGUCAAUGUCAUCCUUGAAAACUGUGGACAAGAUCAUAGAUGCCUUGCAAAAUAUGGAAGGAGAAGAUAUUGAAGAUAUUCUGAAAAAGGGCGUGUCAAUUCGAGACCUUUUCAAAGAUCCUGAUGCAAUACAAGAAAUCUUUGUUGACAAACUGAAUAUUUUUCCCAAAGAUGCCGCUGAAGCUUUCCUUAACUCAAAAGUAAACUUAAAAGAGAUUUUAAGUUUAACUGGUUACAUUGGUCUGAAAGAAAUUGCCUGCAACGCAACAUUACUGAACUCUUACAUCAUAUUUCCACAAAAUACCAACAUUUCUGCAGUAUCAGCAGCCAUUUGUGCCAUCAAUAGUUCCAUGAUACCAAAUAUAACUGAAACAGUUCAGCAACAUCUCAAUAUGAUCAAUAUUCUAAAAAAGGUUUCUCUUUUAAUGAAGCCUUAUGGUUGGUCUGAAGGGCUUUUUGAUCUUGUAACUAUGAUGGACACAUUUUUCAAUACACCUACUGCCAAAUCAUUUUUGAAAGAUUUUAAAGGCUUGGGAAAUCUCACAGAAGUUAUAAAGAGGUUACCUGAAUGGCUUUUGCACCUGCAAAAAUUCCAUGAAUUUGAUUUUGAAAGAAAUGAAGAAUUGCUCAAUAUGAUGGAGCCAUUUUUACUAUCCACUGCAUCCAAUGAAACACUUAAAUCAUGGCAACUUUUCAAAAGUGGUCUGAAUUUAAUUGAAAGAUUAUUUGGUAUCAUGAGUCCUGAUAUGCAGCACAGUUUAGAAUCAAUUAAAAUCAGCUUGAAGCAUCUCUUUGAUAACUCAUCACACCUUGUUGGAUUUCUUUCGAAUGAACUUAAUCUACCAAGAGAUGUAGUGGAGGAAAUCAUUGACAAAGAAAUCAAUGUACCAAAAUUUUUGGACUUCCUGAAUCUCUUCAAUGAAACUGAUAUUGAAGUAUUUCUCUGCAAAAAACCUGGACUUAACAACAUUCUUUUAAAUUCUGCCUUGCUGAUCAAUUCUUCAAGCGAUGGAUUUCGUCAACAAACUGUGCAGGACAUUUUGUGUGCCAAUUUCACCAAGGCUCACUUGGAAUUCUUGAACAAAUAUAUAGAUACAUCUUCAGGCAAAGUCAAUCAGAAAAUUGUGCACCAUGCUAUUUCUGAAUUUCAAGAUGAUAUAAAGAACAUUAUAGCAACAUUCAAGCAUCUACCACCAGAGGUAGGGAAAUUCAUAAAUGCUGCAGCUUAUGCUGAAAUUGGUCAAAUUGCAACACUUUUGAUGACCUUUAAUGAGACCUCCAUUGAUGACAACGUGGAUCUUAUCAGUGAAUAUAUUGUUGAGCAGACAAGAAAAUAUUUUGACAAUGAUGACGAAAUCCUGCAUUCUGCAAAGAAUAUAUUACAUUUUAUUGAUAAUAUCUUAAAAUAUUUGAAAGGUUUGCCAAGUCUUCUCGAAAAGGCUGAUAUGUUUGGCAAAGCAUUUGAAACACUAGAUUCCAUUGAUCCAGAGCUCUCUAAAAAGCUUCUUGUAACUUUGAAAGAUCCAGCAAACAUGAAUAUGGUCAAAGACAUAUCUUCAGUAAUUAAUAAGGUGUUUCACAACAUCCAGAAGCGUGAUGUAAAAGAUGUUAAUAAUGGAAUAGAAAAAGAAUUAGCCAUGAAUCUGAAGUCUAUAUUUAACAGCAUCGAGGAAAUGCAGAAAUAUAAUCUACAUACUUGGUUGUACCUUUUCUCAAAGAUUCAAGAUCCAAAGAUAUUAAAACUAAUAGAAGAAAGUGGUGUCCUAUCAAGUUUGGCAGCUACAAUGGAAUCUGAUCCUCUCUGGAAAUACUUGGGACCUCCAAUGAAAAUUAUUCAUAUGAGUAUAAAGAAAGUGAAUGAAAUAGUUUCUGAGUUUGAAGGCCUAAACAUUCAGUUUGAUGAACUACUGAUGUUUCAGUUUAACUACGGCAUUGAACUCUCCGAAUCUAUGCUUUUCCUUCUAGGAAAUCCAAAGGUUAACUUUAUACUCCAAAAUGCAUCUAACCCUGAAGAAAUGAUGUGUUCAGAAUAUGGACUAUUGACGUCAUGGGCUAUGUCUCCAGAUAUACCAGUUGAAAGCCUAGAGGCUAUAUUUUGUAAAUCAAAUUUCACACGUCUGCUUUUGAAACUUUCUUCUUUUGCAGAAGUUUAUAUGAUGUUUGACAAUAUUAUGCAAUCAAGUACACCAGUUAAAUUGGAUUGGAAUGAUUUUGUGGCAGAUUUGAAAGGAUUUUUUAAAGUUGCAUCAGAUUUCAUAGAAGCAAGUAAUAAAAUGAUGAUGUCAGGUCCUCAUUCAUAUGUAGAGAAAUUAAUGACUAUGUUGUAUGAGGAAAUAGGUAAAUUACAUAGUGGAAACCAUCAAGCAGAAAUGAUUAUUGAUGCUGCAACAAAGGUUGCUUUAUACGCACAGAACAGUCCUCUUGUUUCAUCCAGAGUGAAAGAACAGUUGAAACUAAAUCUGAUUAUUUUUGACAUUUAUUUGGAUGUUGUUCUAGAAUCUGCUAUGCAAAAAGGAGACCCAAAUGGCAUUUCAAAUAUGUUUGCUGUGGCAAUCAGUCAAUUAACACCAUUUUAUGAAGGCAUGCUUAAGAUACUGAGUUAUUCCAUUAAUUAUUACCCUCAUAAAGUUCUUGCAAACCUACUUGAGAUUAAUGGGCGACGAAUAUGUGAGGAUUUAAAAAUCUCCAAUAUCCUAUUGUUUCCACCUGAUUUCAAUCAAUCAACAAUUACUUCUUAUGAAAAUGCUUUCUGCAAUCUUAAUUGGACAGUAGUUGCUGAAAAGCUCUCUGUAUACCCCAAAUUAGAAAAACUAUCUAUGGCUAUAUCAAGUCUAUAUGGAAAAACUACUCCACAAUUAAAUCUGGAUGUGACUGAAUUAUCCAUGAAAGCUAAGGAAUACAUCAAAUUACCACCCCAAGCUGGGGGAAUACAGAAUAUCAAAGACUUUGUACAAAUAUACCAUAAGAUAUUUUUUGAGCUGACAGGAAAUUUAACACACAUGAAUAUUAGUAAUAUUGGGAAAGAUGACAGUGUUGCAGAUUUGGUAUCAAUGAUGUGGAAACUUUUGUACAAUAACACAAAUAUACUUCCUGGAGAAAAUACAAAAAAUAUGCAAAUAUUAUUUGCUGUGAUUGAUUUUAUUGAUCUAAAUAUCAAUAAUAUGCAAGGGAAAAGAGAAAUUUACUUGAUGGAUUAUGUUAACUCACCGGAGUUUUCCAAAAUGCUUAAAACAGCAAAAUUUUCUAAAAAGUUUAUUGAUGCAUUAUUUGAAUGGCUGCAGAUUUUUAUCAGAGAGCCACAGAAAAUGGUGAAGUUUUGGUUUGACAAUAUAGAACAUAUAUGUGACAAAAAAUUGUCUAACACACUACCACCAUAUGAAAUGUCAAUUCAUACCAUUUUAUGCGAGGAACUUUUCUCUCAGACCAACAUUACCAAACUUAUUCAGGAACUGCAAAUGAAUUUACCAGGAUUUAAUAAACUCAUUAACACACUUAAUGACAUAACAUACAACAAUGGUGCAACAACUAAGACUGAUAUUACCAGCCUUGACAGACUUUCUACAAGUUUAAUGGUGUUAAUGCAAAUGCCACCAAAAUUUCAUUUGAGUUCAAGCAGCUCACCCAAGGAGUUUAGAAAUAUGUGGUCUAUGUUUAUGAAAAGAGUUAACGAUGAAUUGGGAGUCAAUAAAAUUGACAUGGACAAAAUACUGAAAAGGAUUGUGCCACUUAUGGAGAUGCAGAUGAAACCUCUCAUAGAAAAAAAUCCCCAAGUAUAUUACAUGAUGAUGAAUAGUGCUGAUGUACUCCUAAAAAAACUUGAUGCUACUCUACCAGAUGUUAAACAGGGAGAAACAAAACUAGAUUUUGAAGAAAUGUUUGGCAAAAAUACUGAAAUGCAGAGAAUGUACAAGAACAUGGAAGAGUUACCAAGUGUUGUAACAUCAGUAAUGUUUAACAUUUUAACUAACACUGAGAGUAAACCUAUUAUGGAGGUUUUAGGCUCUUCUUCUGUCCAAGAAAUGGGUAGCAAAAUUUGUACAUCUGCUAACUACCAAAGAUUUGCAACACCCAGCUGUAUUUCGUUUGACUUGAACAAAUUCUUAAGAGUCAUGUGUCGUAUAGAUUACGACACCCUUGAAAGUGAAAUGAAAAAUUUUAUACCAAUGGAUCGUGCAAUGCAAACUGAUAUCCAGCCUCUAUCAAUUUCUCCAAAACCACCCAGUAUUUAUUCAAUGUUGACCACUGUAGAGAAUUUGUGGGAGAAAAUGAUGGCUAUGUCAAUGGUUCCAAAUAGUAUGAACAUGUGGAAACCCUUAAAUCUAUGGAUGAACCAAAAACCACAAAUGGAUGCCAUGAUGAAAGAAUUUUUAGAUAUGUCUUCAGAUAUCAUUGACCCAGGAAGUUUUCAAUACAUAGGUUAUUUUGAAAAUAUGAUCACUGAGAUCUUCUUUAGAACAGAAGAACAUGAACACAUUGUAAUGUUUGAGGAACAAGUUCUGAAAAUUGUCAACUUAAAUUUGGAGAAAAUUCUUACCGGUGACAUUAAAUUUGAUAUGCUCAUUUCUGAAAAUUCUGAACUUUACAAGUUAAUAGUUAUGAUGGGCAAAUCAAAAACAUUCAUUAAUAUUCUAACAGAAGGCAUCGAAUCUGCUUUAGGAAAUUAUCACAGACUGGUAGCUAUGCUGAAUCUUGCAAACUGGAAGAAUAUGUGCAAUGAUAAAUCUAUAGUUCUUAUGCUGUUUCCUCAAGCAAAUUAUCAAGAAUUUUCUGAAGAUAUCUGUGGCAUGAUAUACAAAAAUAUCAACAUGACAGCACUAGAAAUUCAGGUUAAUGAAGGAAUCCCUGGCUUAAAAGACUUCUUAACAUUUCUCUCUGAUAUGCCUGGUGCAAACGUCAAAAUCAAUUAUACAGCUGUGGCAGUAGAGAACCUUAAAUUUCAACGGCUGAUGUCUCAUUUUAUAAUGAAUUUUUCAUCGAUUUUUCCCAAAAUAAAACAAAACUGGUCAGAUAGUAUGUUUGGCAACAUACUAUAUGGAAGUCUGCUAGAACAAUGGGGAAGUAUUGAUAAUGUCAUAAAUAUUGUAAGCUCCACAGCAUUACAUCAAAUAGUAAAUAUCAGUCUCUCUGGAUAUGGCAAGACACCAGGCAUUAUACAAGAGUUCAACCACCAGCUGUUUGUCCAAUACCACAUUGUUGAAUUUCUCAAUCAUCAUCUUACUAAAAUAAAUGCUUCUUCAUCCUUUGAUUUAUUGGAUUAUAUCAAUUCUACUGAAUUAAUGAAAGUUGUCAAGAAUGCUGAAAAAAUUCCUGAUUCUGUGGAACUAUUACCAACUUUCUUCCUGCAUAUGAUCAAGAAUCAAGACAAUAUUGAAAAAUUAUUUGAUGAAAAUACUUGGAAAACAAUUUGUAGUGACAAAAAUAUGUUCUAUGAAAUAUUUGCUCCUGCCACUGUAUCAAUUGAUGACAUUGAUGAAGUAAGAAAAGCUGUAUGUGACACAUUAAUGAAUGGCAUUGAUACUAAGAAAUUACAGAUGCAACUGAUGGGAAAUAUAGCUGGUUUAAAAGAGCUCAUUGACACAAUUACAAGUGCCAGUAGAAAUAAUUCUGAUUUGAUGCCAACUGAAUUUCAAAGCUUUACCUAUGAAAUUGAACAUCUACAGGAAUUAUUGGAAUCUCUCACUAGCAAAAGACUAGAUGUCCUUAUUGGUGGCGAUAAUCAAUGGUUCACAGAAGAAAAAUACAAAGACAUCUUCCAAAAAUUUGAAAAAGAGUGGAAUUUUGCCAACACAAAUAUUUUGAAGGCUAGAUCUAUGAUGUUGGAAAAUUACUUGACUGUCAUUCUUAAUUCAAAUAUUUCUGAUGCCAAUCUGUUAAUAAUUAAAACCAAUCUUUAUCAACAACUGGCAAUCAUGAAAUUUAUCAACACCAGACUAGAACAAUUAACAAAAAAUGGCAAAUUUGAUCCUCAAAUGUACAUUGAUGAACCAUUGCUAAAAGCAUUAGAACUGUUUGAAAAGAAUUCAUUGAAUAUUGAAAGCCUUUUUGACAUACUUCUUGAGUUAGUAAGAAACCCUCUGAAGGUGAAAGAAUUAAUGAAAGUAAACGAUUGGGAAGAUUUCUGUAAAAAUCCUGGAUCACUUUCUCAAAUGUUCAAUUCAUCAUCACCUAAGACAAAUAUAACACGCAUUCUGAAACUACUGUGUGACAAUGAACUUGUGAAACUCAAUGUUCCAAAACAAAUCUUAAGCCUUAUAAGUAGUCUUGAUGGAUUUGAAGAUUUACUAGAUGAUUUUAACAGAUCAAUGGUAGUCAAGGAUCCUUCAAAACUGGCCAUAAAUGUAUCAGCUGUUGUAAAAGAAAUUGAGCACUUUGAAAAUUUAUUGAUGUUGUUAUCCCUCCCGAAAGAACUCAACACCACAUUACCUGACAAAAUGGAAAUAGUUUACUAUAAAAUGAUAAAUGUACUGACAAAAAAGCUGAAAGAAAUGCAAAACAUCUUGAGUGCAGAUGGACCUUUCCCAGGAUAUGAUUCUAUUGAUGAUAUUUUGGACUUGGGGUACAGUUCCCUCCCAUUUUCAAUCAAGCAAAGUCUAUUUUUACAAUCUACCUCUCUAAAUAGAACUCAGAUUGUUUUUAAAUUUCUUGUUUCCCAGAUUCAAGCAAUUGAUGACUCUCCUGAUAUCCUGCAUUAUAUAGAGGCAUCUGCAAAAUUAUUAAAGUGGUUCCAGUUAAUAGAAAGAUUGCCAGAAGUGACGGAUGUUGUUUUAAGCUUGCUACUUGAUGUUCUUAAAGACCCACAUAAGCUUAAAAUGUUGCAAAACAUAGAAACUGUGGAUAGCAUUUGUCAGAAUACAACAGGUUUCCAGAUUUUGGUUCCAUCAUCAAUCUUAAAUGGCAAAACUAAUAUCACUGCUUUACAAGUAAUAUUCUGUGACCUAUUGAUGGAUGUUAGGAAUGAAACCCAAUUAACUUAUUUGAUUGAAAUGUUGGAAGGUCUGCCUCAACUUAUAAAACAGCUUCAAGAUGUUGGAAAUAUGAAACCUGAUACUUUUUUGCCUGGCAAGUUUUAUAUUGAAGUAGCACAAACCAGCAUGCAACUUCAAAAAGUAUUGACAUCACUUCUUCAUCAAGGCAUUUCUUCCAAGCUUGACAUCUCCCUUUUAGACAAAUUUAAAACUGAAUAUCUACACACCUUACAAUUGUUUGCUUUACAAUGGGAUGCUAUCAGUAGUAACUAUGACAUAGACAGUAUUCUGGACAUUCUUAUUGAAAUAGAUGAAACCAUGAAUCAUAUUCCUAAAAACUUAUUGUCAUCUGUAACCAAUUUUUCAAACGAACUAAACACUAACAUUUUGAUGCAAUACUAUACUGCCAAAUUUGUUAAUAUUCAUCUGAAGAAAAUUAAAGGAACAGACACAUUGGUCCUUAUGGACUAUCUCAAGUCAAAUGAGAUGACAAAACUAUUUGGUUUCGUAGAAAUGGCACCUGAUUUCCUCAAAAUCUUUUUACAUUCAAUGUAUCGUUUGAUUCAACGUCCAGAUGAAGUACGGCAUAUACUACCACAUGUCACUUGGGAUAGCCUUUGUGCUAAUAUAUCUAUAUUUGAACAUAUAUUUGACACCAAAUAUUUGCAAAUGAACACCACACAUAUACAUAGCAUCGUGUGUAACAAGGUUCUGUCAGAGACCAAUUUUACCCUUUUGGUACAGGAUUUAAGCCAGAACGUUGAGGGCUUUAGUAUCUACAUUCAUAAUAUGCAUGUUCUCCUGACAACUAAUCCAGAAAAUAUUCACAGAACUGUCAGUUACUUUCAAAUUGCUAAAGAAAUGUUCCUGUUCCAAAAUUUAAUGGAUUCUUUAAUGAAAAAUCCCCCACGAUUCUUCAUGAGUUCAAACAACAACUGGUUGGAUUCCAAAGCUUAUGGUGAUACAUUUGAAAUAUUACAAAAAAAGCUGAAAGUUCUUGAACAAGAUUUAAUGAACUCAAGUACUAAAUUGGAGAUAAAUAUAAUGAAAAUUAUUGAAAUGGUUGGUGACAUGACUGGAAUAGAAUUAAUGCCAAACGCCAAUAUUAUUGUGGAACAAAAAAUCAUUGAAUUUAUCAAUGUAAAUCUAGAAGUUAUUGCUGCAUCUGGUUCAUUCAAUAUUUUUGAGCAUAUAAAUUCUAUGGAAUUCAGGAAGCUUCUUGGACAGGUUGAGAUUACACCAGAAAUUUCUGCAUUGGUUGCUGCAACUGGUUUCGACAUAUUUAUGAAUCCUGAGAUGUAUCUACCAUUUAUUCUUGAUUGGACUCAUUGGGAAAAGAUGUGUAACAAUACAACUCUUUUCCAAAAACUGUUCCCACGCUUUGAAGAUAAAAGCUCUAUACAAACAGCAUGUGACCUGAUAUUACCAGUUAACUAUGAAAUCCUCCUACAAGAAUUAACUGCAACACUUCCUGGUUUCAGCAGUCUUUGGGAAAUGUUCAUACUUCUUGAAAAUGGUACAAUGAGUGAAAAACUUUCAGUAAACUACACAGCAUAUGAGAUGUCUAGUAAGAAAAUGCAAUCAUUAAUUGAGUCAUUGGUGAUGAACCCUCCAAAAUUGAUAUGGAAUGUCAACACAAAUUUGACAUUGGAUUCCUUUAACAAAUAUUUUAUCAACAUAACAGGAGAAGAUUUACUUCAGCAACUUGCCAAUCCUCAGAUAAUAAACGCUUAUGUAAUGCAAUUCUUUUCCGUAUUGAGUAAAUCAACGGGGCUUCCAGUACAAAUCAACAUGCAAGCCUAUAUAGAACAGAAGGUUUUGGAAUUUUUAAUUGCCAAUCUAAAUCCUAUUGUAGCAUCAGAUACUUUCAACAUGCUUGAAUAUAUUAAGUCUUCAGGAUUAUCUAAUUUACUUCAAAUUAAACCAGAUAUGGUUCCACAGUUAAUUAGUGCUACUUUAGAGCUGCUUUCCAAUCCAGAAAGACUCUUACCACUUAUGCAAAAUGAAACAUUAUGGGAAAAGAUGUGCUAUGAUACAACUUUAUUCCAAACAUUCUUCCCAUCAUUUAAAGAUAAAGUUUCUAUAGAAAACUUAUGUCGUCUGAUAACAUAUGGUGAUUUACAAAAGUUCUUACUACAAAUAAAUUCUACACUACCUGGUUUCAGCAAUAUUAUAGAAUUGAUGAUCUUUUUGCAAAAUCAUGAAAUGAAUUCUACAAUUCCAGUAGACUACCAAGGACUUUUAGCAUCUGAAAUUCAGUUUCAGACAUUACUUACACAGCUGAUUGAUCAUCCUCCAAAAUUUAUAUGGGGCGUCAGUAUGGAUGAUUUUGAUGAUGCAUUUAUAGGAUUUGAUGGCAAUUUUGUAAUCCAAUAUUUCACCACAGCUGGAUUAAAUUACCUGAGACUUAUGCAACAAAUCGAUAUUUCCAAACUGCCAACACAUUUGCGAGACAUGGUUCUAAGAGAGAGGGUAAAAGAUUAUGUUAUGUUUAAUCUCCUUGACUUCAUCACCCAGAAUAUACAGGCAUUAGAGGCAAAUCAAUAUAAUUUAAUGAAAUAUUUCAACUCAUCAUCAGAAUUAUCAGCAUUCUUGACUCUGGUUGAUAAAUCUGAUACAGCAAUUGAGUUAAUUUCAUCAACUCUCAAAUCCAUAAUAAUCAGUCCACUCAAGGUGCUACCAUUACUAGAUGAAAACAACUGGAAAAAGAUUUGCAUAAAUAAAACUGUUUUCAGGGUCAUGUUUGAUAUCUCCCACAAGAUACCAGAUGCAGAUUUGUCCAGCCUUCAAACUACUGUUUGUUCUGAAGUUUUUCAAAAUGUCAGUAUGAAAACCUUGAUGGCUGAAAUCGAUAAAACCAUUCCUGGAUGGUCCAAUUUAAUAGCAAAGAUGAGCAUACAACUUGAUGAUCCUAACUUGAAAGUGGAUGUGGAUUCAGUCGAGAAGACCAUAUAUUUUUACAUGCAAGGGACUUCAAACAUUAAUAAUGUUUUUGAUAAACUCAAGACAGGUUUUAAUGAGUCUGGCUUACCAAACUUGCCAUCAAUAUUAGAACGCAUUGCUAAAGAAUGGAAGGAACUUGAAAAAGAUGCUGAUAAGCUUAGUUUACAAUCUAUAUUUGAAUUGAUGAAAUUAUUAAACGGCUUUAAUGUAUUAACCCCAAACACCACGCUAGGAAAGCAAUUAGGUAUGAUAAACAGAAAUUUGGUUAGUGCACAGUACCUACUUCAGUUUAUGAACAUACAUCUCAAAAAUAUAUCAGAAAGCAAGAAUUUUAAUGAAACAAGCUUAGCUCAAUCUCAUCAAGUACUAAAAUUGAUUGGUCAAUCAGGAAUUUCUCCAGAUACUUUUGCAAUCAUUCUUAACACAUCUUUGCAAAUAUUCAAAGAUCCAGAGAGGAUUUUCCAUUUGAUUGAAGAAGACAGCUGGAUAAAUAUCUGCAACUUCACAAAUACAGAUGUAUUUAGAAAAAUGUUUGCCAUUGAUUGGAGCCAAAGCAUUUCUGAACAGCAGAUGAGAUUUUGUCAGGAUCUUAUUUUGCAAGUUGAUAUGCAAGCUCUACAAAUAGAACUAUUUUCUUUAGAAGGGUUUAAAGAAUUCUAUGAUUCUAUAACUGGUAAAUCUGAAGAUUCAAUGUUAGACCUGUCUUUAUUAAUGUCUGAGGCUAUGAAAAUGCAAAUGGUGUUGACGGAAUUAAGUUCAAAACCUUUGACUUGGCUCUUUGGAAACAAUGAAAAUUUGCUGAACUCACCAAAAGUCGUCUCUCUUUUAAAUAUGUGGAAACAACAACUGCAGCUGGUUAAUAAUGGCAGUGUAACUGAAAUUUACUUGGUCCUGCCCUAUCUGAGUCCAUUCAUCAAACAAGUGAAUACAAUGCCUGAAUGGAAGAAUUUGAUGUCUGAACUUGUACUUUAUUUACAGACAUUAGACAAAAUGUUGUAUCAGCUUUCACAUUUUGGACAGAACAUUUCUGCCUUGUUGAUUGAUAAACCUGAAUUGCAAAAAUCAUUACAAAUAUUGUUGAAGUCACCAGAAAUGUUAUCUAGUGUUGUAUAUAACAUGGCCUUGAACGAACCUCAAAUUACCAAAGCAUUGAUGAGCAUAGCUGGCUCUCAAGACCCGGCCGCAUCUAUUUGUCAAGCAAUGUCAACUGUCAAAAUGGCAUCUAUUCCAAAUUCGGAUUUUGACCUCAAUUCCUAUAUACUCAGUAUUUGUUCCAUCGAUUUUACAAAUCUAAAACUGGAAUUCCUCCAGUUGUCAAGUGUACUUAAUAAGCGUGAUGCAUCAUCUACAGAAAUCUUGGACCCCAUCAAUCUCCUCAAUCUUGUUAAGUCAGUAUGGGAGAAAUUAUCUGUUUUGACCAAAUCUAACGAGACCAACUUCUGGGAGCCUUUGAACAACUUAUUGCAAAAUCUGAUUUUGCAAAGUUCUUUGUACGAUGAAAAUACACCGGAGCUUGAAAACAUAUAUAAAAUUAUUUCUCAGAUAUAUCACUCGAUACCAACUUUCACAAACCAUAGCCAAUCACCGGUGCAGAGUAUUUUCACAAUGCUUUUAACGAUGAAUGCCACAAGUAUUAAUGAAAUGUAUACAAAAUAUUUUGGAGAUGUCUGGAAGGAACAAAGUCUAGAAAAAAGUGUGCUGAAAGUACUUGAAAGUUUCUUUGAAGAUUAUUUUGAUGGCGCCAUGAACCCAUUAAUAAGGGAGUUGUUGAAACAGAAAAACGUAAGUUUCUCAGAUGCUGACAUUAAGGAUGUAAUUGGUUUGUUGUGGGGACAGCCAUAUACCAAUGAGUCUAUUAGCCUCCCACCUCCAGCAUUCAAAAUAUGGCAGACAGUAUUGAGUACACUCAGUAACUUAACAAGGGAUGGAAAAUUUGUAAUAUCAAAUGGAAAUAAAAGCAUUCUUCAACAGCAUCUCAUGGACAUGUUGGCUACAGUACAAAACCAAUUUCAAUACACAGACAUGAGAAAAUUCACAAUGCUUUUGUCUAAAGCAUAUAACAUCAGUGAUAAAACAGUGGCAUUGUUAUUAAAUAAUACAGAUGUACUGUCAAAGAUUCUCAUGAUGGACUCAAAUCUUAAGGAACAUUGUUACAAUGGAACAUUUAACAAGUUUUUAACCAAAGAAGCAUCAAAAUAUAAUAACAUACCAAAAGAAAUACUGAGUAUUAUCAAUUCCACAUUUUGCAGCAAUUUUGACUUUUACUCUGCCCUUGUCAAAUUGUAUGACUCUCAAUAUUUGGAAGAAAAGAUCAAUAGCUUCUUCAGUAACCAAAGUGGUGAAGAUUUUAUGAGGAAAAUUAUUUUAGAUCAAGUAAAAAUUUUGCAGGAGAUAAUUCCAAACUUGUCAGGUUUGGGAUCUAACACAUUUGUCAAUGAAAUAAUGAGCAGUUUUAAUGCCAGCAGCAAUAGUUUUGGUUACACGCUCAUGAAAAUGCUCUCAGAUAUCCUACCAAUCACAACAGAUACAAUUGGUGUUGAUACAUCAAACACAACAGAAAUGUGGAAAGUAACUUUAGACCAACUUCUUGUGCAGUCGUCCUCCGCUCAGUUGAUUUUCAGAAGCUUUAUCCAAACUGGAGACUUGGACAUGGACUCAGUUGUUGCUGAACUAUUUAAACAACUUGCUAUGUUAUUUAACAUACCAUCUGAGAUGCAACUCCAGCCAGAGAUUGCUUAUGUGCAGCAUGUUGUGAGGAACUUGAAUAACGGAAAUGCUAUGAGUUCAAUUCUCAAUGAAACCCAUAUUUCCCAUAUCUGUCAUCAAAUUACAUCAAUGCCAUCAGAUUCACAAAUUUCAAAGAAUAUUGGAACAUACAUCUUUAUGAUAGAAAUGGCUUUGGAGAUCUUUAACUAUCAAAACAAAAAUUUUUCAGAAAUAGAAAACAUCAUAUGUGAUUCAUCUGAUAAAGUUGUUGUGAAUGUAAUUGACUUACUCCAAAAAUCUGGCUUCUUAAAUUUGUUUUAUAAAGUGAGAUCUAUGAUGUUUAAAAAUGGAAAUGAAACUAUUGACUGCAACCACCUUUCCAAAUUAGCCAGCAGUUUUCCUGAACAAUUUUAUAAACAAAUUCACUCACUGGACUCACCAAACAAGGCGGUCAAAUGUUUACGCAGAAGGAUCCCAAAAUUCAUGCAGUUUAUCAACCACAUGGAUUUGAUGCUGACAAUAACAGCAGAAAUGUUGGAUCUUGUACAAGAUCCUUUGUUUGAAUCUAUUGUGAACAACAAACAACUGUCCAAGUUUAUAGCAGUUAUUUUGAACUCUAUUUUAGAACAAAGAACAGUUAUUGUCAAGCUGUCCCAACUAUUCCUAGACCCUAAACAGGCUGAAAUGUAUCUGCUGAACAAAACAACCCUUUCUCCUGAUAUUAUCAAGACCCUCUUUGAUUCUAGAAUCAAUAUGAAGCUGGUUGAGUUGAUACGGAAAUCUCCACAAGACAUGCAGGAUUUGAUUUGUACACAUCGCAAUUUAUCUUUCUACAUCGAUUGGCCUAACAGUAAGGUAUCUUUGGAGAAUGUAACUGAGAUCCUAUGUAAGACGAAUUUGACAGCAACAAUAACUGGACUUGUUGAUUACUUAGAUUCUGUGACAAUUAUUCAAGAGUUAUCACUUCUGAACCAAUCAUUCCAUAUUGAAUUACCAUGGCUGAUGAAUGUCUCUCGAGAAAUGGCAGAUCUCCUUGAAAAUGUCCACAGACUUCUAGCACUGGAAGACUUCCUUUCAUCUUUUGACUUCAAUCAGUUAUCAAGGUUGAUUCCAAAUAUCCAACAAUUAGUUAUUGAUCAAGUUCCCCAAAAGAUUGUUUCUUCCAUUCUUCAUAUCCUUGAUGAUUUCAAGCGUAUCCAAAACACUUCCUUUUCACAAGAAUUCAUUGAGGACAUAGAGAUUACAAUGAAAGGCAUUCUUGGUUUGGAAGCUGUUGACAGAAUCAUGGCACUUAAUGCUGUAUUCCGAAACUUCUUGAAAUCACCGGAUGUUGUACGAGACUAUUUGAUGAAUAACUUAAACUUACCACAUGAAAUCUCAGAUGCACUGAUUAAUUCCACAGUUUCUCUGGCUCAGUUCAUUAAUUUCCGAAGCAACUCUGUCAAAGAACUAAUGUGCAAGAACAUCAGCCGCAUUAUAACUUUGUCAAAUAACACCAAUGUUACAUACCAGGAAAUUAGUAAUCAUUUAUGUCAUCUGAACACUAAAACUAUCUACAACCUAACACAACUCAUCAUGGAACAAUUAAAUAUUGGUGAAUUUGUUAAACAGUAUGUCUUACUACGUGCUUCAACUUUGCUGAAAUCAACCAACAUAACAGUACCAAUUGCAAAAGAAACAUUUUCACAAAUGUCCAGGACCAGUGCACUUGUAAGAGGAGUCAGAACAGCAUUCAACGAUAAUGAAAUAUAUAAAGUAUUCUCUAACUUUGACUCAUCUGAAGGCGAUCUGAGCAAGCUUAAAGAGCUUGUACCUCUUAUGUGUGGUCGAAAUGCUUCUCUUAUGUUGGAUGCCGAGGGUGGCCUCAGCAUUUUCAGCUCAGCAAAUGAAAUCAAAGGAAAAGACGGACUCAGUAAAUCACAACGGCGUGAAUACAACUCUCUACCAAAUGAAUUUUGCAAGCAGUUAUACAAAGGAAUACUGAAAUCAAGCAUGGGAGAAAUAACAUGGAAGUUUUUAAAACCCUUGAUCAGAGGCCAGAUUCUAUACACUCCUAAAAACAAGGUUACAAAUACCAUCAUUGGAAAAAUGGAGAAGUUUUUCGCUUUCAUCGGUCAACUUCAGGAAAUGAGUCAAGAAUGGGCUACAGGUUUAGAAGAUGUCUCUGCCAUCCGAGCCAAACUACAGAAUCUAACUGACAUAAUGAAAUACACUGAAACUGAAUUUUUCAAAGACAUGUUUCAUGAUAUGUUUGAUGUAGAUAAGUCAACACUAAUUGACAGCAUCCACAUGCUUAAUUCAAUGGAUGAUAAAACUCUUGGUAAUCUGCGGUUGCUCCUCACCAAUGUGGUUAAUUAUUCUUCCUGUCUAUCAAAAGAGAGAUUCAAAAGUGUGUCAUUUGAUGAGCUUCAGAAAGAGGCCUUAAAUCUAAGCAAAAGCAAUGAAUUUCUUGCAGCAAUUAUAUUCCUGGAUACUGAAGAGAUGGAAGAUGAAGAAAAUAGGAGAUCAAAGAGAGAAACUAAACCCAAAAUUCCAAAACACAUAAAAUAUGAAAUACGAAUGAAUAUUGAUUAUGUACCAAUGACUAGAAACCUGAGAGAACAAUACUGGAGGCCUCGUCCAGAAGACAAUUUAGCAACUGAAAUGAAAUAUCUUCAAGGAUUUAUCCAGCUCCAAGAUAUGAUUGACAAAGCAAUUAUUGAGAGUCAUAUGGAAGAAUUUGGAGCCAAUGUUAGCAUACCUGGAGUUCAUUUGAAGCAAUUUCCUUACCCCUGUCACAUGAAGGAUGAAUAUCUGCAUAUUGUCAGUAGCUAUUUGCUACCCAUCAUGAUGACUCUGGCUUGGCUGGCAUCACUUGGCUUAGGUAUACGUAAUAUUGUACAAGAUCGAGCUGAAGGACAAGAAGAAGCAUUACGUGUUAUGGGAAUGUAUGGAAUCAUCAGCUGGCUAGCAUGGAUGAUUUCUACAAUGAUUAUCAUGGCUCUAGUGUGCAUCGUUGUCAUCUUCAUCCUGCACUUCAGUACCAUAUUUAUAUUCAGCAACAUACUUCUUAUGUUCCUCUAUUUCCUUACCUUCUGCUUUUCAACAGUCAUGAUGUGUUAUAUGGUCAGUUCGUUCUUCAGCAAUACAACUUUGGCAGUUCUCACUGGACUUAUCUUCUAUUUGCUUUCUUAUAUUCCAUACAUUGUUCUACAGUCUCUAAAAUUAGAGCUGAGCUUUUACCAAGUAUUAUUGGUUUGCCUCUCCUCUACAACAGCCUUUAGUUUUGGUUCUCAAUACUUAUCAAGAUACGAAGAACAAAUGGUUGGUCUUCAAUGGAAAAACAUUCAUGAAAGUCCAAUGGAAGGAGAUGAGCUAAGUUUCUCAUUUGCAUGCACCAUGAUGGCAAUUGACAGUUUAAUCUAUUUUAUAAUUGGCUGGUACGUCAAAAGCAUCAUGAAAAAGAAGUAUGGCAUCCCUAAACCAUGGUACUUUCCUUUCUACCCAAAAUACUGGGGUCUUGAAGGGGCCAACUCUUUGAAGCAUUACUCUUCAUCUACAAUUGCACCUGACACAUUCUAUUCCUCGGAUGUACUUUAUGAAAACCGUCCUGCAAAAGGACCAGUUGGCAUUUCUUUGAUGAAUUUGUCUAAGAGAUAUGGUACUGAAACAGCAGUGCAGAAUUUAUCCCUUAAAUUUCACAAAGGUGAGAUAACAACAAUUCUUGGACAAAAUGGAGCUGGAAAAACUACAACAUUUAAUAUGCUAACUGGCUUGAUGGAGUCAACAACUGGUAUUGUAGCAUUCUAUGACUCUGAGAAAGGGAAAAAUAAUAGUUGGCUUGGCAUCUGUCCUCAACAAAAUAUUUUGUUCGAGUACAUGACAACAGAAGAACACAUCCGAUUCUACAUCAGUAUUAAAACAGGAUGGCAGGGAAAGAAAUUAGAGAGAGAAGUUCGCUCUAUUCUAAAAGAUGUUGAUCUCCUACAUAUGCGUAAUACACCUGCAAAACAACUCUCUGGUGGAAUGCAAAGACGUCUCUGUGUGGCUUUAGCAUUUGCUGGCAAAUCUAGUAUUGUUGUUCUUGAUGAACCUACAGCUGGUGUAGAUCCAAGUGCAAGACGAAGCAUCUGGGACCUCAUUCUUAAAUAUAAGAAUGACCGAACAGUGAUUAUGUCAACACAUCACUUGGAUGAAGCUGACAUUCUUAGUGACAGAGUUGCUAUUCUUCACAAAGGAAAAUUACUUUGUUGUGGAUCCACGCUGUUCUUGAAAAGACAUCUUGGAAAAGGCUAUUGCUUAUCACUCGUGAAAAAUACACCACCACUUUCCGGUUCUGCAAAUUCACUUACAGCAAGUGAUUCUUUUGAUGCUCAAAAAACACUGGAUUUUAUUUCCAAAUAUAUCCCGGGACCUGAAAUCUCUGAAAACUUCAGUGAAGAAGCAACUAUUCUUUUGCCUGCAGAUGAAAAGAUAAGAGGAAACUUCUCUGCUUUCUUUGAAGAUUUUGAUGACAACCUCAAUAAACUUGGAAUUAAAAACUAUGGCAUAUCUGACACAACUUUAGAAGAGGUGUUCCUCCAAGCACGUGAACUCUCUAAUGCAGGCUUACCAAUGACUCCUGAAAACAUGAAGUCUACAUUACUGGAUGAUACUAAAAUGUCUGCAAGAUCUGAAAGUCAUCAGAGUUUAGAGUCCCAAGACAUAAAUGAAUUUAACUCAGCUUUGGACAUAUCAUCAAAAGUGAGCUAUGAAUCAAAUAAUUUUACAGCCUUCCUUACUUUGAUUCAAAAACGUGCCAGUCACUACCGACGCAACUGGAAGAUGGCUAUCUCUGUGAUUUUGCUUCCUUGUAUUUUCUUUGCAAUGGCUGUUGGCUUUUCCAAAAUAGCACCUAAAAAUGAUUACAAACGUCUCCGUCUUUCCCCUGCAUUAUACGGACCAAACUCUUACAUGUUUUACAAAGAUAAAGUGGGUGAUUUGUAUGGAAAAGAUUUACUAAAAUGGAUCAGUCAUUCACCUGGUGUUGGUACAACAUGUAUGUCAGACACUGCUUCAAAUCUUGAAGAGCCAUUUGAAUGUAAACCAGCAGAGACAGUUUUCAAAAGACCCAAAUAUCAGAAAGACCUAAUGAACAAAACUGAAAAAUGUGAAUGUGAAAAUUUCCGGUUCAAAUGUUCUAAGUAUGCUUCUGGUAUCCCACCAACUCAACUACAACUAAACUCAACAGAUUUCCUGCAAAACCUGAACUCAAAGUCAAUGCCAGUCUCAGAGUACCUAUUAGAAAGCUACAUGAAAUUCCGCAAGAAAAGGUAUGGUGGAUGGACUUAUGAAAGAAAUAGCAACAACAAAGAUAAGAAACAGGUAACAGUGUGGUUCAACAAUAAAGGUCAUCAUUCAAUGCCAGCUUUUCUUAAUGGUUACUCUAAUGCAAUCCUGAGAACAGAAGUAGCAAGGAACAAGUUUGGGAACCCAGAAGAAUAUGGAAUUUCAGCUUUUAACAACCCAAUCCAAUUGUCAGUCAGUACUUUGAAUGAGGAAUCUAUUUUAUUCCAUGCAUCUGAGACAGCCAUCAGUUUGAUUAUCUUACUGGCAAUUAGCUUUAUCCCAGCAGCUUUCAGCAUUUAUUUGGUCAAAGAAAAUAUCAGCUCAGAGAAAUACCUAUUUAUUAUAAGUGGGGUGAAAACACCUAUCUAUUGGAUGUCUGCAUUCAUCUGGGACUUAAUCGUGUACUGUCUUUCCUUGAUAAUAAUUGUCAUUAUUCUGGCUAUAUUCAAACUGGACAGUUUCUGGAUACGAGACAAUUUUUCUGCUACUAUUCUUUUAAUUUUCUUAUUUGGAUGGGCUUCCAUACCACUUAUGUACACGACAGUAAGCUUCUUCAAAGAUCCCACUACAUCUUAUAUGAUUGUUUUCUGUUUUAAUAUAUUUUCUGGAUUGUGCACAAGUGUAUGUGUGUUCCUCUUAAGUCUAUUCCAAGGCACACAGGCAUUACAGAAUGCUUACCAGAUAUGUAGAUAUGUAUUCUUGAUCUUCCCACAAUUCUCUCUCAGUUAUGGAUUAGUUUCAUUGGGAAACAACCAGCUUCAAACAAGUAUUUUUGCUCACUUUGGAAUGGAUGUAUAUAAAAAUCCAUUUGAAAUGCUGCAUUGGCACAUUAUCUCGUUAUUCAUUUGUGGAAUAGUCUUCUUCCUCAUUACCUUAUUCUUAGAAACCCGUAACUAUUGUACACGAAGAGAUAAAACUACACACUCAAGUAUAAUGAAGGAAGACGAAGAUGUACAGCAUGAAAGAAUGCGUGUUGAGAAAAAUAUUGAAAAGCAGGAAAAUUCUAUUUCUAUCUUGAGACUUACAAAAAUGUAUCGACAAGGUUUAGAAAGGAUAUUAGCAGUGAACCAGAUUUCUCUUGGAAUAAAGGAAGGAGAGUGUUUUGGACUGCUUGGAGUAAACGGAGCUGGAAAGACAACUACAUUCAAAAUACUGACAGGACAACUUUCAGCUUCAUCUGGAGAUGUUUUCAUUAAAGAUGAAAGUUUAUCCAAGAACAAAAGAAAUGCUAGAAAACUCAUGGGUUACUGCCCACAAGAAGAUGCUCUUGAUUAUUUCUUAACUGGACGAGAACUGCUGUGGUACCAUGCUAGAAUCAGGGGUAUACCAAAAUCAGAAAUAAAUGCUAUUCUCUGCCAAUUGAUAAAUACAUUAAAUCUGGAAAAUUGUGCCAACAAAUUGAUAGGCACUUAUAGUGGUGGAAUGAAGCGAAAAUUGUCCUUUGCUAUUGCAUUGCUGGGAGAGCCACCAAUAGUACUUCUGGAUGAACCAACAGCUGGCAUGGAUCCUGCUGCAAAACGUUUAGUUUGGAACUGUAUCCUUAAAGCAACUAGCAAAGGACAAUCAGUGGUCCUAACAUCUCACAGCAUGCAAGAAUGUGAUGUACUCUGCAACAGGUUGUGUAUUAUGGUCAAUGGACAAUUCAAAUGCAUUGGCAGUCCUCAACACCUCAAGAACAAAUUCAGUAAAGGAUAUUCAUUAAGCAUCAACCUAAAAGAAAUCUUGUCAGAUUCUUCCAAUCUUGAUAAAUAUGUGUUUGAAAAUUUCCCUGGCUCAGAAAAGAAGGAUAGUCACAAUACUACCCUGCAAUACUCUAUCCCUAAGAACACUUCUAAGGUUGCAAAUAUAUUUGAAGUACUGGAAAAAGGAAAGAAUCUCUUUGCUAUUCAAGAUUAUGCUGUAUCACAAACAACAUUAGAUAUGGUCUUUCUGGGUUUUACAAAGGAGCAAACAGAUGGUUUUGUUGACGAAAUUGAUGAGGAAGACUAUCCAGCAUAUGCAUAUGACCACAAAGCUUUUAGCCUUGAACCUGAGAUGUUAUACAGUGAUCCAAAGCUAAAAUACACCCAGACUUCUAAUUUAUAAGAAAAACUUCACUUUAAAUAAUAUUUCUUUUAUUGGCUUUAUACUAUUUCCAUUUUCUUUUCUUAAAAUAUUUCAAGAUACAUCAAAGGAGUAGAAAACAAAAAUUGCCUCCUGUGAUAACUAUACAAAUAACAUAUUCUAAGUUUUCAACUAAUAGAACUUUUCUCUCAGAACAUUCAGUAAGCAGAUUUGUUAGCAUUAUCUCAAUAAUGGUUGUAUGAGUGCCAAAAAAAAAAAGCACUAAGGUAAACUCACUGUGUGUUUAUGUUUCAACCUUGUAACAAUAUUACUUCUGUCAUAUCACUGAUGUCAUUAACAUCACACAAAUUCAUUUCCCUAUGGGUUUCAGACCUGAUGCCUAUCUAAAAAAGAAAAAGAAUAGAUAUCUAAGCUAUACAACUAUUGUUUUGCUGUGAUUUCUCUCACUUACUGAAUUAACAGAAAUUAAUUGAAUCUACAGUACAAUCAUCAUUAACUCUUUGCAUGAUUUGUUCUGCUUUCUAUCCAAACUACUUAUCAUUAAAAUACCUUAAGAGAGAUAAUAAUUUUAUAAAAACUAACUGGUGUGUUUAGACCAUUUUUUUUACUCCCAUUUUCUCAAAAGCAAAAAAAAAAUUUAAGAUAUUUUCAAAAUUUUCCUAAUGAAAGAUAAAAUGGUAAUAAGGACAUUAACAGAACAAUGAGAAGACCAAGUUGUUGUAGGAAUAUCUCUUCCAUUUCUUUGACUGUAUCUGUAAGUUAAAGAUCAACUGAGUAAAAUGUGUAAAUAUAUCCCUAAUACUUCCUAAAAAUCUAAAGAAUUCUUUCUUGUAAUAUAUAACCAUAUGAAGCUCAACUAAUUGGCAAAAUCAGUUUAAAAUUGUUGUUGUUAUUUAUUAUUAUCAUUAUCAAUUUCUUUAUAUAAAUAUAUAUUAACAAAUAGAUAAGCCAUUAUUAUUAUUAUAAUUAUUAUUAUUAUUAUUAUUAUUAUUAUUAUUGUGUUGAACUGACAAGAACUAAAGUAACAAAUGAUACCUUCUAGUACUUUAGUUCGUUCCUCUACAUUCUAAGUUCAAGUCCCUCCGGUGACAAAUUUUGCUUUCUUCCUUCCAGCCCAAUAAUAGAACUAUUAGCAUAUAAGUACACUGUACUUCUUCAAUAUAAAUUAGUAUUCAAUCAGUAUAUCACCAAUAAUAUUUUUUUACUUUAGUUAUGCCCCUUUAUAUAAUUAAAUAACCUAGAUUCAUACAGUAUUUCAUUAUUUCUCUUUUACAUUCUAUUAUAUCCCACUGGGGCCCAGCUUUCCCUUUCAUCCUUCCAGGGUUUAUAGAAAUAAAAUAUUUGUACUGCAGUUCAUUUAAUCAACUAACACUUCCCACUAAGUAUGUGACCCUGUGCUUAUGCUAAAAAUCAUUAUUAUUAUUGUCAUUGCUAUUAUUAUUAUUAUUAUUAUUAUUAUUAUUAUUAUUAUUAUUAUAUGGCAGCAAUUUGGUAGAAUUAGAAUCGUUACCAUGCCAGGGAAAAUGCUGAGCAGUGUUUCAUCCAUCUUUACACUCUUAGUUCAAAUUCCGCCAAGGCUGACUUCGCCUUUCAUCUUUUAGUGGGUUGAUAAAACUGAGUACUGUGGUCGAUAUAAUUAACUUGCCCCAUCGCUUAAAACUUCAGGCCUUUUGCUUAUAGUAGAAAAGAUUUUUUUUAUUAUUAUUUUUAUUAAACCUUAUUUGCAGAUUACUGCUUAUUAAAUAAGAUAUAAUCAAAGGUAUAGAUAUAAACCUUACACACAGACACACACACACACAAAUUCCAUGCACAUACUUAUACAGAUAUGAAAACAUCAAUGCUGCACAAAUACUCACAUACUUACACAUACAUACUAUAAUUUCUCCUCAUCCAUAUAAAGAUUUUCAUAAUUUUUUUUACACAUUUUUCUUUUUUGUUAUCACUUGUAUCAUUCCUUUUCUUUUGGAUAUACUCCUCAGGUAGCAUUUGAUUGAAUUUAAUCUUUAUUAGUUUCAAGUUUAAUAUUUUAAUUAAAAAAUACAAGCUCAAUUAAUAAAAUUAACAAAUUGAUUUGAUUUUUACUUUGAAACAACUUGUAACAUGUCUAAAGAAAUCACAUAAAACAAAAGUGAAAUGAUUCUGAUUAUUAUUAUUAUUAUCAUUAUUAUUAUUAUUAUUAUUAUUAUUAUUAUUAUUAUACAAUAUAUAUUUUUACAAAAAGUACACUUUGGUUUUUGUUUUUUUUUUAUAUGCGUGUUGAAUAAGUUUGUAUAAGUUAUGUAUGAUGAGAAUGAAGUAGGCUGCAGAAAUAUACAAGAGUGGUCAAAUUACCAAAGAUGUCACAUUUAGCAGAACAAAAUAUAUUUAAUUAACUAAAAAACAUUAUAGUUUUCUAAAUAAUGCUGCAGCAUUAAAUUUGAAACACUCUGGUUAAAAUUUGAACUGGCUCUUAUAAAUUUUGAACCUCAUAAAACACAGCAUGCUAUACAAACAAGCUCAUCUAAUAAGAGUCAUGAAACUUGUAGUAGCUUGCAUUUAAAUUCUCUCUAUAUCAAAUAUAUAUAUAUAUUUAUGUAUAUAUAAGGGUCAAUAAUUUCUGCUAGCAGAAAUGACACUGUGCCAAAGAGAGCAUUCAAAACUAAAUGCAAAAUUAUUAAGUGAAAUUUCCUCCUUUUUUUUUUUCUGCUUCUGAAUUUGAUAUUGCUUAACAUUGGUUGUAAUACCACACAGACAUUUUAACUCAAAUCUAACCAUAUUCUUUGUGAGUUUCUCUAUUAAAUCACAGAAAUUCACUAAUAUAUAUAUAUAUAAUUAUAACAGCUUUGUUCUGUUAAAGGUUCACAAUAUGAAGCUUUGAAGAGAUCAGUAAAGAUGCUUUUAUGUAAAAAUCAUCAUACAUUGCCUUACAUUGUCCAGCUGAAUCAAUGCAAUUUCUAAAAGAACUGAUAAUUCUUUAUAUUUUCAUACAAAAAUCUAUGGGUCAACUGCAUAUUUUUAUUGUUUACUUUGAAAUAAAUCCUUGUUUUUUUU